CGGAAAGAUUGGAGAGCUUUGGACCCUCUCCGCAUCCCUGGUGGUACCUUUCUGACCCAUUCGGUGCUGAUCUACGUCAAAGAUGGAUGGUAAGCAGCCACUUGCAACACAUGCAGGUCAGGGCAGCAGGUGCCUGCAUGUGGCGAGGGGAGGCACCAGAGGGGCUCCUGUGAGCCAGGGAGGCUGACACAAACAAGAUCGGCUGCCAAAAGUGACCUGAAUGCGUUGUGUUGGGCGUCUCCUUGGGCAGGGAAGGGACGUGACGGCCCUCAGGAUGACGACCAGGAGGAAUUCUCCAUAAGCGAGGUGGGCCUCUCACGCAAAAUGCACCGCACAGCCAGGCUAUUGAGGCAGACACGCGCACAGACUGCAAGCGUGGUGUGCUGUGUUUUGUCGCACGUGUCGGUGUGUCAGGAGCUUGUCGGUCUCGUGAUUGGGCAACGGUACGCACGAACGAGGUCGCUGCAUGGUGGAUGUGUGUGUGUGUGUGUGUGGUGUGGAUGCCUCCCCCUUGGCAUUGCAAUGGGUGGUCGCAGAGGUGCGAAGAUCAAAAGGGUCCGGGACCAAUCUGGGGCGCAGGUCGACAUUUGGAACGACCGAAGACGCAACGGCAUGCAGCCUGUGACCAUCAGGGGUACCCAACACACACACCACACGCAUCACCACACACCACACACACGCCGAUCUGCCACAUGGGUCCGUGGUGUGUCGGAUGGUGUGCGUGUUGGCCCACUCACUCCAGGCACCCCCGAGCAGCGUGCGAGGGCUCGCGAGCUGAUCGACGAGGUCAUCGACAGUGACACACGUGGACAAGGUGGGUGACCGACACACGUGUCAUGACCCCCACCCUCACUCACCCUCGCCCAUGUGUGUGCUGCAUCGAUCCCUGAGCAGGUGACCGUCGCCGCACCAGCACCCACCAGCGCCCCUCCCGGAGCUACGACACAGACCAGCCCCCCUCCAGCAGCUCGGGCUACGGCGCAUCCGACGCCAUGCCACACUCCACCUCCUCACACCUCCCGCCCCUCCCCCACGACCGACCCCGAGGGCGGCCCGACGGACACUUCAGAGGUCGUCGUGGGGGCGGUGGCCAUGGCGGUGGCGGUUCUCCGCGGCCUCGAGGCGGGCAGCAGCGGUACUUCGAGGCUGCAGACAUGGAGCCUUCAUCGCCUUCCGGACGGAUAAUGGGCGGGGGCGGGGGACCACAGCAGAACGAGCGGGGAUACGAGUAAGAGAGAGGCGGCGGAGGGGGGGGGGCAGGUGCAUCUGUGUGAUGGGGUAUGUGUGGUCUGUCGUGUGCGAUGUGUCACAGCGAGUUUGGGCUUCCCAUUCUGGCGGUCCACGCGCACCACGACAAGUUUCUAGCAGCCCUUCGAGACAACCAGUCCAUCGUCCUGCACGGCGCCACUGGCAGCGGGAAGACCACACAGGUCCGUCAACCACACCCAAACCCACAACACCAACACCAACCCACUAUUGGUCCGUCCGCCUCUCUCUCUCUCUCUCUCUCCGUGUGUGUGUGCAGAUUCCCCAGUUCAUUUUGCGUGAGGCGCUGCGGACGGACCGUGACGUCCGCAUCAUCGUGUCGCAGCCACGUCGACUCGCAGCCACAAGCGUCGCAAAGUGCGCACCCACCCACACGGACACACACAACACACAAGACACACCACGCACAAGCCAGCAUCCAUCCAUCCAUGUGUAUGUCUGUCUAUCAGGCGUGUCGCGUACGAGUGCAUGAUGCGGGGUUUGUCCAAGGACGGCCAGCACCAGGUGGGCGGCCUCGUGGGGUGGCAGAUCGGACAGGACCGCAUCAACGCAUCAAGACACAGCAAAAUCCUCUUCUGCACCACCGGUAGGUAAAAAAAGGGAAUGGGCCACACUCACUCGGUCCCACCGACACACCACUUGGUUUCGCUUCUGGUGCCGUCUGUCUGCAGGCAUCUUGUUGCGCCGCAUCGUGGGUGCGAUGAAGGAGAGCCAGGGGAGCGCGAGUGCCUCGGCGACGGGCGACGACUUCAGCCGCUGGACCCACGUGGUGAUUGACGAGGUGCAUGAGCGCGACACCGACACAGACCUCUUCAUGGUGAGGAAAACGGGCGACGGGACAGGGAUGUGUGGUGGUGGUGGUGGAGGAUGGGCAUUUGCGUUCAUGUGUGUGUUGAGCGUGUGUCAGGCGUUGAUGCGUCGACGUUUGGCCAACGACCCCCGUGUCAAGGUCAUCAUCAUGAGCGCCACCAUGAAGAGCUGUAAGCUCUCGCACAACACAAUACACACACACAACAUACACACAUCCAUCCCCUCCCCCCCCCUCCCCCAAUCCCUCACUCACUCACUCUCUGUCUGUCGGUCUGUCUGUCUGUCUUGUCUGUCUGUCUGUCAGCCAUCUACGCCAGGUACUUCAGCCCCACGGCCAUCCAGCGGCAGGCCGAGCGCCUCAAGAAGCUCGAGCACGACAUCGAACUACGACUCCAGGGCCGCAUCCCAGUCGCCAACAACAGCAGCAACACGUAACCCAAUUCCUCUCGCACCACACCACCACACAGCCAACCACCACAGAAACAUCUCCCUUCUUUGUGUGUCGUGGCCAGUAGGAGCGGUGGUGGGUGGACGGGCCGUCCCGCCCCCCCUGCACAGCGUCGUGUGCCGUCGUCGGGGUGGGACGACAGCGACGAUGAGAACCAGAUGGACAUCUCGCCGCAGGCCCGCAACCGGCAGUCAAGCUGGGGGCAGCCCAGAGGGCAACAACACGCCACCAACGGCUGGGUAGGGAGGGAUUGGGAUUGGGAUUGUGUUGUGUGUGGGUCCGUCGUCCGCCCUCUUGUCUGUGUCUGUGAGUGUGCAUCUGUCGCCUGUAUGUUCUUUCGUUCCUUAUAGGGUGGUGGCGGUGGUGGCCGUGGCGGCUGGGGGUGGAGUGGUCCGUUCGGUGCGUCAGGGGGUGGCAACGAGGAGGACGACAUUCCGCCACUGCCGGAUGAGGCGCGUGAUCCACGACACAUGACCAUCCCACCACCACCAGCACCAGCAGCGCCUUCACAUCUGUCUGUCUGUCUGUCUAUGUGGCUGUCUGUGUGUGCGUGUCUGUGUGUGCAGGUGUGUCACAUGAUAGCUGUGGACGGCGUCAUGUAUGAGGUCAAGGUCUCCUACCUGGAAACCAUCGUCGACAAGUGACACCACACACACACAACACACACAGCACACAUGGCGCCAGCCAGGAUGGAGGACAAUGCCGUCCCUGUGUGUGUCCUUUCUCCCUCAUGGCGGCAGGAUCUGGCCAUGGGUCUCCCGCAAAUACGGCUUCCAGGUCCCCCAACCGCCCACACUCAGCACAUGGAUGUCUGUGUGGCUUCUUUGAUUGUGCAGCUUAACACCCGCCCCGACGCCCACUCGCUGCGGUCUGAGUUUCUGAAGGAGCAGCCGCAGGUGGCGCGAUUCUCGACAUUCGACCUCUACGACAUCGCAUUCUUCGCAUGUGGUAUGCACACACACACACACACACAUGUGUGGGCCGACUGACAGGCAGCGAAACUGUGUGGUUGGUGUGUGUCAGGGUACAUUCACGAGCAGAACUUGGACGACAUGGAGAAGACCAUGGACACGGGCAAAAACUCCAUACUCAUCUUCCUACCAGGUACACACACGCCCACUCAUCCCCCUCCCCUCUCCUCUCCUCUCCUCUCCUCUCCCUCUCUCUGUCCCUUUGUAGGCAUGGCGGAGAUCAACCGGCUGGCCGACAAGUUCACCACACAGGCGCAGGAGCUGGCAAGGGCCUCUGACGGCCCCACCAGCUCCUCUGCCGAGGCCACUGACGCGUGGUGGAAGGUCAUCCGUGUGCACAGCAACAUCGACGCCGAUGAGCAGGAUUCGGUGUUUGCUGACGUGCCUGGUGGGUGGAUUGGGGAGGUGGGGGGGAGGGAUACACUCACACGUGGGGCGUGUGUGUGUGUGCGUGUGUGUGGUCAGGCUACCGCAAAGUCAUUCUGGCGACCAACAUCGCCGAGAGCUCCAUCACCAUACCAGUAAGACCGUCGAAACCAUGCAUCUGUCGCUCGCCUGCUCUGCUCUGCUCAUCUGUGGUGCGUGUGUGUGGCUGGUUGGUCAGGAUGUGGGCUAUGUGUUGGACUUCUGUCUGGUCAAGGAGCACCACUUCGUCGAGACCACCAGCACCAACACACUCUCGCUGCAGUGGGCCUCGCAGGUCAGUCAGCCAGGCGGUCCUCGCACAUACAAACAAACAACACGCACACCCAGACGCAUCGACACACUCUGAAUGUGUGUGCAGGCUGCGUGUGACCAGCGUCGCGGUCGUGCUGGCCGUGUGCAGAAGGGAAACUGCGAUCGACUCGUGCCAGAAGUAUGCACCCACACACACAGAGGAAGGGAGAGAGGGACGGACGGACGGACGGAGGGACGGACGGACGGACGGACGGACGGAGGGAGAGACAUCAGAGAGGCCCAUGAUUGCUGUGUGUGCUGCCGUGUGGUUCCGUGUGUUUAUGGCUGCAGUUGUUUUACCACCGCCAGCUGGCCGAGUUCACCAAGCCAGAGAUCCAACGGUGCGCCCUCGAGAAGGUACUGUACAUGCCCAUCGAUCAGACAGACCACCCCAGCCAGAUGGACGCAGGCAGAAGGCAGCAGAGCAGGGCCAGUGUGCCUGUCCGUUCCGUGUUGCGUGUCAGGUGGUGCUGCACGUCAAGAUCAUCGGGUUGGAGCCUGCUGACGUGCUAGUGGAGUGCCUCGACCCGCCCUCAAAGGACAAGAUCGACUCGGCCAUCAAACGACUCCAGGACAAAGGUCAGUCAGUGGGCAAAUGUGGGUGGGGAACACACACGCACACACACACACAGAGAGAGAGAGAGAGAGAGGGGUAUAGGGGAUGGCGUCUGUGUGUGCGUGUGUCAGGUGCAUUGACGCCCCCGUCUGAGAAGUACCCGUCCGGCAAGUUGACGUUCCUGGGCAGGGUGUUCGACGAGAUGCCCUGCGACAUCGACCUGUCGCGGCUCAUGAUAUACGGUAGACAGAGAGGGAGGGAGGAAUGGAAUGGACAAGUACACACCACACAACGCUGAACGGUCUGGCACAAUGUGUGUGUGUGUGUGUGUGUAGGUUACACGUUCGGCUGCCUGAAGGUGACGGUGAAGAUCGCCGCCAUUCUCGCCACCGAGAAACGUCGACUCAUCGACCCACACAGGUACGUUCAUCUGGGCGAUAUAUGCCGACACGCCAUGGUGUGGGCCUGAUCGUUGUUUGUGUGGUGUGGUGUGUGCAGGCUCCCCCGUGGCGGCAGGGGUGGGCGAGGUGGCGGCGGCCCGCCAGGACAGCAACAGCAAGAGGGCGCUGGCAGAGUCUAUCACAAGGUGACUGGUGACUGGGGGUGGUUUGUGGGUGCGGACAGAACGGCAGACAGAUUCGCCGCUCAUGCGCUUUGUUCGUGUAUGUGUGUGUGUGUAUGUGUGUGUGUGUGUGUGUGUGUUGCUGGGCCAUUCAAUGUGUGCAGAAGCUGUUGAUGUCGUUGGGCAGCGAGUGCGACCUCAUCACGGAGCUCAACAUGUGGGAAUACGUCGAGUUUUACUUCCCAAACUACAAACGAUUCUUCGACAACUACACGGUUCGACAACCAUCCACACCAUCCACCAUCCAUCCACUUCUUUCCCUGUGUGUGUGCAGGGGCGUACUGAGGACCGCAAGAGCUUCCUACGGCUGCUGUCUGACCAUGGCGUGAGCAUCAAGACACUCGAGGAGGCCCACACCAACUACGUCGACUUCGAGCGACGGCUCUCCCGACUCGAUUUUUGGCGACAGGGGUCAGUGAGGGGGUGGGGGUGGGCAUAACUCACACACAGACAACACACGGUGUGUGUGUGUGUGUGUGCAGGUUGCUGUAGGACGGCUGGUUGCCUCGUGAGCGUUUCUCGUGCUUCGACGACGAGCGUGAGGCGUUCGGAUGGCCGGCCGUUCGACCUCCUCGACGCACACUACCAGAGCAACAUGUUCAUCCUCAAACUCUGCAUCGCUGCCGGUCAGUCAGUCAGUCAGUCAGCAGGCAGUCAGUCGACUUGUGGGGCCGACUGACAGAAAGGGGCACGUCCAUGUGACUGAGUCAAGAGGAUGCGUGUGUGUGUGUUAUGUGUGUGCAGCGUUCUUCCCGGACUACUACAUUUCCAACUCGCAGGACUUCGCCCUCUUCGACCGGUGCGGAUGGGUGGCUGCGGCGAGCGAGAUCUGUCCGUUUGGUAAUCUUCCUCUUGUGUGUGCAGUUUCUACGUCGACCGUGAGUUGGAGGACCGUCGCAAGAAGGCCCUCGCACUCCCCCCAUCCCACGAGGAGCGACAGAGGCAACUAGAGGUGCAUGACGACACACGACACACACACACACACACACAUGCUUCCUUCACGGCCAUCUCUUGCGUGUGUGUGUGUGUGUGUGCAGUUGGUCGAGGCGUACCGUCGGCUGGAGAACAGGAAGUCCAGCCAGCAGGACCAGUGGGGCCACGUCGAAGAAUACCAAAACUGCAUUUGGGUCAGUCAGUCGGUCAAACACAAACACACACACGCGGUGACCUCUCACCUCACCCCCGCCAUGGUGUGUGUCGUGUUCGUGUGUGAGUGCAGUUUCAGGACAUCCCAGCUGAGGCCACGGCCACGCAGGAGAACCUUUUGCGCCAGUUCAACAGGACUCUCGCCCCGCACCUUCUCACCCGCCCUCGCGACACGCAGCGCGGAUACCCAUGCGCCAGCAUUCGGUGAGUGUGACUGUGAGGGUGAGUGGGCCUAUCAGGCCAAGGCCAGCAGCGCACCAAUUGCUGUCUGUCUGUCUGUCUGUCUGCUUCUGUGUGUGCAGGUACCAGCCGAUGGACGACUACGGUGGGCGCAGGAGUGGGUCGUCGAAGGAGCAGGGCAUUCUCGUGGAGUUUAACGACAUCGCAGAGCUCAAGACGGUGCGGACUAACCACACAAAGCGCAUCGCACUCUUGGCCUGCACUCGUGUGUGUGCGUGUGUACGUGUGUGUUGUCAGGCAUUCUGGCUGGAGAAGCGCAAGAAGAUCACAUACAGCUGCUCACUCGACGGUACACCAACACACCAUCCCGGCACACACACAACCGCCAUCGUCAGCAAAGGCCACCAAGACCAGACCACCUUGGUGUGUCGUGUUUGUGGCUGCAGAUCCGUCGUCGUCGGCCAGCGCGUCCGACCCCUUCGCCCACACGUCGGGCGACCUGCCGCCGUCCAAGACACCCUUCGCACUCAAAUUCAGAGACUCCAACUACAGUGAGUGAGUCGGGAGGGAUGCAGGCAGGCAGCACAAAUCAAUCAAAUGCACUUGGAUGGAUGCAUCUGUGUCGUCGUGGUCGUGCAUAUGUGUGUGUGUGGUGUGUGUGCCCGCAGCUCCGUUUGAGGUGGAGUUCGACAGUGUCAAUGCGGUGACGGUGGAGGCCGGACGCACGUACGUUGGCACUCCCGCACUCACACAGAGAAUGAGAACUGCAUAGAGGCUUGAAUGAUGCGUUUUGCCCCCACCCAUACCUACAGGAUGUUCAACCAGCGGGUCAUCGUGGCCCGACGGUGAGUGUGAGCCAGACAGACAGGGGAGAGCCUUUCUGUAUUUGUUUCUCGUCUCUUUCCGUGUGUGUGUCAUGUGUUGUGUGCCCCAGUCGAUUCAGUCGCAAGAUGAGCACACUGAUGGGCGCCAAUGUGUGCGAGACCUCACUCAUGCCACCCAUCAGGUACACACACACACACACAUCCACACACACACACACACACAUAUGUCGCCCCUGUCCAUCAUCUUCCUGUGGUGUUGGUGUUGUUGUUGUUGUGGCUUUGUCCAGGGGCAUGUGUGAGCUGUUGGGUCUGCUGUUCGCCCAGCAGGUCGUGUGGAAGAAGCAGCACGCAUCGCAGAUGGAAACCUACGACGACUGGAUUCCCCCCAGCAGCAGCAGCAGCGACCCACCGCCCCAGUAUCCCCAGUACCCCCAGCGCCACCAGCAGGUGCCCAAUUUGGUGGGCUUUGCCGUGCUCGGUGGCGACAAGAUCUCCUUCGCUCUCACCUGCAAGCUGCUGCCGACCGACAUUGAGGCGCUCAACAAAAUCCGCCAGUGCAUCUCACAAGUGGUGAGUCAGUGUGAGCAACGCACAACACACACAGCAGCGGUAGAUGCGGGUGAUGGUUCGGUGUGUGUCGUGUCGUAUCGUGUGUGUGUGUGUUGUCUGCAGCAAUCCAGCGGCACACAUGACAAGCACGACCCUGAGCACCUGCGCAAGUGAGACACACGAACGAUCUGAACUGCUGGAGUCUUUAUUCAGGGGCCUUUCUCCUUCUCGUGGUGUGUGUGCGUGUGUCCGUGUGUCGUGUCGUCAUAUAUAUGCGCAGGCUCGUGCUGCAGUGGUUCAGCACGCCCCGGGAGCAGCUGCACCCCUCCACACAACAGGUCAGUGGCCGCACAGUACAUGUGCCGGUGAGUCGAGCCAGUCGCAUGAUGUGAUGGUUGUGUGUGUGUGUGUGCUUGUGCGGCAUGGGUGCAGGGCGAGGAGAUCUGGGAGCCCAACAAGCGGCAGAGGCACGACACUUCCCCACGCAACGGAUCUGAGGAGGACCUGCAGCUGCCCGACCUCAAGUGAGAGGGCACGAUACCAACCCACCAGACGGACGGACUCAUGUGGUGUGGAUGGUGUGUGUGGUGUGAGCAGGGUCCCUGACGGCACCAUCAUCACCGAGGGGGACUACAUGCAUGAGCAGCACCGCUGGCGGAAAAAAAUGAAACGACAGUUCCUCGACGUGACCACCCUGGCCCCGGCGUGUGCGGUGUGUGAGGCCAAGUUCUACGUGUCGCGUGAGAAGGCCGAGGAGUACGAGCGCCGGUCGCUGCUGCUGGGCAAGAUACUCAUGCGAUACCGAAUGCUCACACUCUUCGAGGUGCGUACGUGAGGUGGGGGAGGCCACACAGUCAACCGAUGCUCACUGACUGACUGACUGAGUGUGUCCAUUGGUUUGUCUGCCGCCCGUGCAGGACAAGUGCUGGGCGGUCUGCUGGGUCCACAACUGCAACUGGUCGGUGGGUCGGUGUGUGGCUGGGUCGGGUCGGUGCGCCACGUCCACACGUUGAUUGAUGUCCCCCCCUAUCCCUCGUUUGGUGUUGGUGCGUGUGUGGGCGUGUGUGGUCAGUCGCGUGUCAUCGCUGGACAGCAUGGUGCCCCUCGGCGACAAACUGCGGGAGCAACGGCCCCCACGCGCACUACAGCUUCUCGCCCCGCACAUCCGUAAGUGACACACCCACACACACACAGGUAGCCGGCCACUCUCAUCUCCUCUCACCUCUCCCCGUGUGUGAGAGCGUGCGUGUGCAGGUGGGGCUGCCUUCGUGUUGGGUGCGUCGUACUUCGUUGUCCCGGAGGACUGUGCUACAGCCGAGGCGCGCCAGCUCUCACCCGACGAGCAAAAACUCUGCACUGCCGUGAGGGACAUCGUAAGCAAAGACCGCAAACCAACCGACCACAUGAUGUGGUACAACUCCUUGUGUGUGUGUGUGUGUGUGUGUGUGCAGAGAGGUCGUCUGCAGCGGGGUCAUCAGCAGCAGUCGGUCCCGCCUCUGUCUUACAUCAAGUGCGACAAGGGCCACAUCGUGGGGAUCGAGCUGGCGCUCAGGGGCGAAGAGCCGUGCAGACUCGUACUCGAGGCAUCGCCGCUCGCGUGCGCACCCACACACACACACACACACACACAGUCUGACUAUCCAGGCAGCCAUUCACCGAUCCCACGUCUGUGUGUGGCUGUUUGUGUGUGUGUUGUCUGUCUGUCUGUCAGUCUGUGUCUGUGUGGUCGUGCGCAGCUGCGCAAGUAUGAGGAGGGCAGCAGCGGCGGGGCCGUCACACAGAAGACCCACUGCGCAUGGACCCAUAUCAACUGGGACAAAGAUCGAGAUGGGUCAGUUUACCCUUCCCUCAGCCCGACCGACCGCCCGCAACACCAUACCCCACGCAGCCCACCACACGAGUGCUCUUGUUGCUGUGUCUGUCGCGUGUAUCAGUGUUUCCUUUGCUCGUAUGCGGCAGCUGCUGGCGAAUUUCGAGAAGGAGUACGCGCAGCGGCCCAACAUCAUCCCCUGCGAAAUCUGCGAGACCGAGUUCAAAGACGGAGAGUUCAACGGUGAGUAUUCUGCCACACACACAGACACAGACGCACACACACGGGCACGGGUGCAGCAGCCGAGGUGCUCUGGUCAUGGUUGUCCGCGUGUGUGUCUGUCCGUCCACUAGACAAGUGCCGCAAGCCGCGCGGCCGCAGCAGGGCGAACGACCCCCCGACAGACAACGAAAAGAAGGCGUGGUGCCAGGUACACACACACAAACACAGACAGGUAGAUAGACGGCAACACGUAACCCCGCCCAUCCAUGGGUUGUCUGUCUUGUGUGUUGUGUGUGGCUGUGUGUUGAUGUGUGUCAGUUCAUGAUGCACUGCACGACGCCAGCACACAGGGAGGCCGUUGCCACGUACACAGUUGAAGCAGACCGAUGAACCAAUUGCAUGCAUCUGUCGGCCUCUGCUGGGAAUGUGGCGACGGGAUCACUGUGUGGGCGUGCAUCCUGCGUGCUGUUUGUGUGCUUUAUUUAUCAUCCCCCUAUGUAUGUAUGUGUGUAUGUCUGCAGGCCUGUCUGUAUAUACAACACAACACAACGCAAUCAACACACACUGACUGUUGUUGCUGUUGAUGGGUUUCUGGUGUAAGACCUACAUGUACAGUGAUCCGUCGUGCCCUGUUCAUGCUUGAGUGAUGGCUAUGUGACCAAACCUAUCAAUGACCAUCACUCAAGCAGGAAGAGUGCACGACGGAUCACUGUGCUGUGCAUAGAGUCCUCUUCUCCUGGGAUGAUCUAUAGCUACCUGGCUGGCCGCGCAUGUCUGUCCUUUUCGGUCCGUCUGCAGAAGAGCAAGUACCGCGGUUUAUCGGCCAGAGCGGUGGUUUUGUGUUUUGUGUGGUUCCGUGUGCGUAUCGUAUCAAUGGUGCACGGAAGUGGAUCUGGAUGUCAUGAACGGUCGGUCGUCUUGUUUACUCUCUCUCUCCCUCUCUGUGAUGUAGAUACAUAGAUAUUUGUCCCUCCCUCAUGAGCAUCUUGUCUGCCCACCCCCUGUCUUCACCUGAUAUCGCUCGUGGCCACCUGCCCAUCUACCUCUCCCUCUCUUCGCUCCCUCUCUCUCUCUCUCUUUCUGUCCGUAUGUCCGUCUGUCUGUCCGUCUCAUGCUUCUACCGCGGGAUGCGAUGCGCCAUACCAUAGCUAGGACUUCCUUCCUGUAACCUCCCUCCCUCCGUUGUGCGCUCCGCAUCUACGCUUUCCUUUAUCGUUCAUGCGCUGUGCAGACAUACAAACGCUGCG